AUGAAGGGAGCUCUUCUUUUUUCUGCCGCGGCUGCUGUCGCUGGCACUGCCUUUGCCCACGCUGGUCACCACCAGCACAAGGUCUUCCAUCAACGACGAGGCUACGAGACCGCCCCUGCGCCUAAGCCUGAAGUACCUUGCGGUUGCACCACCAAGGUCGUAACCUACUAUGGACAGCCAACGUUGAUCGAGGAGAAAACCACCACCAUCAAGACAACCAGCACUAUCAUCAAGACCAUCUCCGUAACCAAUGGCGCCAAGCUUCCCACUCCUGAAGUUACCGUUUACCCUACCCCAGGAACCUAUACCAUCCCAGCCAAGACCGUCAUCGUCACCAAGGAGACCACCGUUUGCGCGGCCACCAGCACUGCCGUGUCUCCUGGUGAUCACACCUAUGGCGGUGUCACCACCGUUGUAACAGCCGCAACCACCGUCACCUGCGACAUCGCGGUCGUCAAGCCAGCUGGCAGUACUGUCGUCAGUGUCAUCGAGCAGACCACCUAUGUCUGCCCCUCCGCUGGCACCUACACCGUCGCUCCCACUACCACUCGUGUUCCCAGCAGCACCGUCUUCGUCUACCCCACCCCUGCUACCUACACCACUGGAACCUACACUCUUCCCGCCCAGACCGUGACUGCCACCCAGACCAGCUACGUGUACAUCUGCCCUGCCCCAACUGGAGGUCACCCCAAACCCACUGCUGAGCCAACUUCACCGCCCGAUUAUCCCACCAACCCUCCCAAGGAAUCCAAGGCCCCCACCCCGGAGAAAACCAAGGCCCCUGGUCCCGAGAAGUCUUCAACUCCCAAGAAUCCCCCCAACUAUCCAACUCUUGGUGGCGGUGAGAAAUGGGGCAUGACCUACUCUCCAUACACCAAUGGCGGACAGUGUAAGGGUGCUGCUGCCGUCGCUGCUGACAUCGCCCUCAUCAAGUCCAAAGGGUUCAAGACCGUUCGCGUCUACGGCACCGACUGCGACAGCCUCCAGAACAUCGGCAGUGCCUGCAACCUCAACGGCCUCGAAAUGAUUUUGGGCGUCUUCGUCAGUGGCGCCGGUAUCCCCGAAGCCAAGAAGCAGGUCCAGGACAUCGUCAACUGGGGAAAAUUCGACCGGGUCAACCUCAUCGUCGUCGGUAACGAGGCUCUGCACCAGGGCACCGCCGACGCAGGUUCCCUGUCUGAACUCCUCGAAUACGCCCGUGGCCGUUUCCGAGGCGCUGGCUACAAUGGCCCGAUCACCACUACUGAGCCUCUGAACAAAUGGCAAGAGAGCGGCAAGGCCCUCUGCCCGCACAUCGACAUCAUCGGGGCUAACAUCCACUGCUACUUCAACCCAGAGGUCAUCCCCUCCAACUGCGGAAGCUUCAUCAAGAGCCAGAUGGAUAUCCUCGGCAAGAUCUGCCCGGGCAAGGAAGUUAUCAACUUGGAGACCGGCUGGCCCAGCAGCGGUGGCAACAAUGGCAAGGCCAUUGCUAGCAAGGAGGCGCAGCGCACUGCUAUCAAGUCUAUCAUUAAGGAGGUUGGGUCCAAGUCUGUCUUCUUCUCGUUCACCGACGAUAAGUGGAAGCAGCCCGGUUCCUAUGGUGUCGAGCAGUACUGGGGCUGCGGUGAUCUGUUUUAA